CUAACUCAUAUUUUCAGGUUCGUCGGUGGGGAUGUUACACUUUAAAUACAAAGUGCACACAUUGAGAGAGUAUUGAGAGAGCUUUAGCUUGAAUAAGAUUCGAGAGAAGAGCUGUAGAGAGUUGGGCAAGGGAUGUGGUCUUUAUGUAGUAGAGGAGUAGGGAUUUGGCGAAUGAAAUUUGAAAAAUGGUUUGAAAAAGGAAGUAAAACUCACCAACGAAUUAUGGGCGAUCGACCAUUCUCAUGCAAUGGUUGAGGUUGCUAGAUCUUUCUCUUCAAAUCUAAAAACCUGAUCGGGUGGCCUCGCCGAGUUAUACCACCUGAACUACAGUAUACAUCCAGACAGCUUGUAAAAGUUUCCGAGCUCUAUAGCAUUGGAGCCCGACGAAAUCUCAUCUUCUACGGUCGAUCUUCCGCCGGACUUUGAUCCUCUGAUCAUUUCAAGAAUGAGCCAGGUUUUCGAAGGAUAUGAGCGGCAAUACUGCGAGCUUUCUUCUAACUUGUCUAAGAAGUGCACCACAGCUAGUGGUCUCAAUGGAGAACAAAAGAAGCAGAAAAUUUCAGAAGUGAGAUCUGGUCUGGAAGAUGCUGAAGCUUUGAUUCGCAAAAUGGAUCUCGAGGCUAGGAGUUUACAACCAAAUGUAAAGGGCCAACUCCUUCUGAAGUUGAGAGAAUAUAAAAAUGAUCUGAACAAUUUGAAAAGUGAAGUUAAAAGAAUUACAUCAGCUAAUGCUAAUCAAGCAGCAAGGGAUGAUUUGUUGGAAUCUGGAAUGGCAGAUGCUAAGGUAUCAACUGAUCAAAGGCAAAGACUGAUGAUGUCAACUGAGAGAUUAAAUCAGUCUAGUGACAGGAUUAGAGAAGGCCGAAAAAUGAUGUUCGAAACUGAAGAGCUCGGGGUUUCAAUUCUUCAAGAUUUGCACCAGCAGCGCCAGUCCCUUCUGCAUGCUCAUAACACACUCCACGGAGUGGACGACAACAUUAGCAGGAGCAAGAAGAUACUGACUAACAUGUCAAGAAGGAUGAGCAGGAAUAAAUGGAUCAUCGGAUUAAUCGUUACAGUAUUAUUGAUUGCAAUCGCAUUGAUUCUUUACUUUAAAUUGGCACGUUAGGUGCAACGCCCAGGUUUCCGCAUCUACAUCCAGUGUGAGUUUUUAUGAACUGGAAAGCGUGUGUGUUUUGAAACGUCGAACUAUUUUCAUCCAAUUCGACUUCUGCUAGCUGUUUUAGUUUUGAGGGUUUUGUGUUUUUGUUAUUGUGUGCUGCUGUGAUUUAAGUCUCUAAGUGCAGUUUUAUAGCCUGUAUGCAUUUUUCAAUUGAUGAUGACAAAUAUUUCCUUCACUUAGAUUCCCUUUGACUUGAACUGUGUUACUAUAUGAUUCAUAAUCACCUUGGGGAACUAUAAUUUUAUUCAUAUACUUCCCCAUCCCAAAUUAGAUUGUGUGUUUCAAUUUUAUCAGACUUCAAUGCUACUUUGAUUUUUAAUAAUUUUGUUUGUACAUCAUGAGAGAGAGGAAGUAUCAAUCCUCAAUGAAUAUGUAACCUCUUG